AUGAAGCUCAGAAGUGCUGGCCUGUUCCUCCUGCUGCUCAGCGGCCUGCAAGCCGAUGGUCAAGAAAAAGAAGUCAGAGCGAUGGUGGGCAGUGACGCUGAGCUCAGCUGCAUUCACACCGAAGAAAAGAGUUUUGAUUUAAACGAACUCUAUGUUUAUUGGCAAAUCACGGAUACCAGCGGCAAGAUAGAAACCGUGGCUUACUACCUGCCGGGGAACACCUCCGUGGGCCAUUACAACAACCGGUACAAGGACCGGGCCCAGAUGUCUCUGGACAGCAUGAAGCAGGGCAACUUCUCUCUGCAUCUGUACAACAUCACCCCCCAGGACAAGCAGAAGUAUGACUGCCUGGUGUUCAGGAAGAUGACAGAGAAGAUUCUGGAGGUGAAGGUCAUGUUGCACGUGGCAGCCAACUACAGCAUGCCCGUGGUCAGCGCGCCCACGGCCGCCCCCCAGGACGAGGAACUCACCUUCACCUGCACGUCCACCGACGGCUACCCCCGGCCCAACGUGUACUGGAUCAACAGGACGGACAACAGCCUGCUGGACGAGGGCCUGCAGAACAGCACCGUCUCCCUCAACGCGCGGGGCCUGUACGACGUGGUGAGCGUCCUGACCAUCCGGCGCACGCCCCACGUCAACGUGGGCUGCUGCAUCGAGAACGUGCUGCUGCACCAGAACCUGACCGUCAGCAGCCAGAAGGCGAGCGAGCCAUUCCCGGGAACCACAGGGAGCAACACCGACGUGCCAGGCGAGGCUGAGGCGGGGAGAUCCAGCACCGUGGUGGCCGCCAUCGCGCUGCUGCUGACGGUGGUCGUGGGCGCGGCUGCAGGCUGGUGGUGUCGGAGCCGGUGUCCUCACCGUCCUCCCCGGGGCUACGCAGGUCCCCGGGCUGCGAGGCCAGAGCUGGGGUUCACCGACCACGUCUGA